AGAGAAGAAGAGAAAGACAAAAAUAAAUAAAAAUGAAGACUAAGAGUACAUCGUUGAUCAUCAUCUUCUUCUCUUUAGUUCUGCUUCUAAGCAUGGCCUCAAGUGUUAUUCCAAGAGAAAAUGGUUUUUCUCCUCCGAAACUAUCUCCCUUUUCCACUCAAGAGAAAGAAGGUGAUGGAGAUGGAGUAGGAUGCAAGAGUUCAGACAGUGAAGAAGAAUGUCUUGUUAAGAAAACCGUAGCUGCUCACACCGAUUACAUCUAUACACAAGACUUAAAGUCAUCUCCUUGAAACAAGAACAAGAACUCUGUCUUUUAUAUACUACAACUCUACAAGCUAUAAGCAUAAGUAAACUCUCCUUGACCAUGUGCUCAUGACUUCAUGUUCCUUGUUAUUUUAUUCUAAUCUUCGUUUGAUUUCUGUUAGUGUCAACUUAUAUUUAUCCUUCAACGCCAACUUUAUAUAAUUUGUGAUUUGUCGUCAGGGACAACAUAGAGUUAAACCGGG